AAAUUUUUUGUGGUGUUCGUGCUAAAAAUACUAAGCAAAAUAUUUUAUCGAUACGUUUAGGGUUACCAUACGUGUUUGGCUAACAGCAUUGCCGCUUUACAUUUUGCGUUCGCCUCUUCUCUCAUUCGAUACUUGCUCGGAGAGCAAAACAAAAUAAGAAAUACAUAUAUAACGAGGGUGAAUAGGAAAUCGUUCCUGCACCGAUUCGCGCCAAUUCCUUGCUAUGAAAUAAAAAACAAAACAGGAAAAUAGGACUCAAUUGGGGAUAUGUCACUGAAUCCAUCGAAGACUUGAACGCGUGCCUCCACCAUUUUGUUUUUCCUCGGUCCGCGUGUGUUUUUUUGUUUGUGUGAGUGUGUUUGUGCAAAGCCAUCCCGCAGAAUGAAUGUAAAAAGUGCAGAACCGAACUUAGGACAGACUUUUCGCAGUUCCGAAUAGUAAACCAUGGAUCAGGAAUCGCCGGAAGAAGCGGCCUACCACAGUGAAGCGCGUCGAGAGAUAUUGGACAUCGCCCGGAACCGAACUGGAACUCAAGCGGCAAAGUGCAUCCUUGCGUAUGAUGAGCAGGAGGACCUCGAUUCGCUAAUCGUCCUGCUCGAAGAGCUGUCCAAGAACACCGACUACUCCACGGACCUGCGGAUAUCACUGGGAUAUUAUAUAAAGGAGUUACAGCGCCACUGUUUACAAAACAGGAAUGUCUCUGGACGAUUGGCCAUCAUGGGCGCGGGAAGUGCCCUUCAAUUUUUUGGAAAGAUCUAUGGAGACCGCGUGGAGUACUUGCACCAGGUGGUGGAGCACCAGAUGGAAGCCCUGCGCACAGUGGAACUUCAGAAGCAGAAACAGACGGAACAGACAGGCGGAAGUAGUGGGCCGGACAACAACGUUCCAACGCCGGAAGAGCCGCGUAAACGUCGCGCCAAAAAGCUAACUCAGAAGGAAGUAGAUCCCUAUAUGCUCACUGUAGAACCGCGAAAAUUCAAGACUAUGUCACCCGAGAAACGAUUCAACUUGACGAGCUUUGUGAAAUGCACGAGGAAUCAAACGAUAGAGUAUCUUUACCAGGAUCAUACGCCGCCCAACUUGUGGAGGCACGCCCCCAUUGUGGAUCCCCACAAUCCUAACGAUCAGGAUGAGAAAAAGCAGUACAAAAUGUUUACGUAUUAUGUUGAACAUCGAUAUAACACCCUUCUGCCAGAUAUUCCAUUCGAGCGGUUGAAUCUGAUCAAGGAAUAUGUGCACACGAACCAAGUGAACACCGCCGAGAUACUCAACGAGCACUUGACGACCAAGGACUACCUGGACGAGUACAUUGCGCUGGAGAAUCAAAUGUUGGCCGCACGCUAUGGAGCCACAGUCAGGACGAGAAGAACAGAUGAAACUGCGAAAAGAACGAGAGAGGAAACCGCGGAAUCUGAGCUUCCAAAAAAGGUGCGACUGGACGAAAAUGAGCCCAUGGAUACGGAGGAAGCUGCGCCCGCCGAAUCAAUGGACGUGGAUCAAGUGACGAUAGCAGAAAUCGAUCAAUCAUUGGCGUCAGGCGAGGCCUUACAAAAUCAAAUAUCAGUGGAUUCAGGCCUGGGCGAUUCAAUCAACACUAGUCAGCAGGACAGCACAAUCAAUGCCACGCUGGACGUCAGCCAGUUGGAGAAUUCCACAUUAGGCGCGAGCCAAGUGGAAAAUUUCGCCUUAAGCGAAAGUCAAGUGCAGGAUUCGUCCUUAAGUAUUAGCCAGGUUGAGAACUCUUUAAGCGUUAGCCAAGUAGAGAAUCCACCACUGAGCAGUACAUUGGCCAUUAACGAGUCCAGUGUCCUGGACAGCACGAGACUGGACUUGCCACCUGCCAAAGAUGACUCCAUCCAGGAGAUUUCGCAAUUCGAUUCCGGGAUCGGUAUGGACGACGUUUUUGAUUCCCAGCUGCAUACAGGCCAGUCAUUUGACGAUGAGGGUGUUGUUCUUUCAGAUCAAGAAGAUCAGCGCCAGCUGUCCAGAAAAUUGGAUCUACCCGGUAACGACGCGGAAGUGAUAAACCUACCAGUAGAAAACACAGAUCGAGUCACUAAGAUUGAUGCGGAGGUUGAGAUGGAUGUUCCAAGGGAGGUCUGCUAUCCUAUAACGUUGAAUAUUUUGAGACUUCCGCAAAAAAACCUCCGCCGUAAAUGUAUUUUUAAACUCCCAAAAGUGUUUGACUUGUUUAAGCAAUCGCGUCUGCCUUCAAAGCGAGAGACGGCACCAAAGCCUUCACCCUCUACUAAAGCUCUGCCUGUACGGAUAGAAAAAGAAGUUCCCCAAACAGAAGAGCAAAUACCCGGCUCCCCCGUCAGCUUAGAGUUUGACGAGGAUUUCAAUUUCUUGGGCUUUCGUCAACGUCGACCCACACUGGAUUCUGGUUUUGAUUUUGACGAGUUGCGAGCCGAAUCAGGGGCUGUUUCCACCAUAGGAGAAGUUAACGUUGAAAUUGAAGAUCCUGUUGAAAACCAAGCCAAUAAGGUAUCAAAUGAAUCUGCAGACAAUGUUGCGGAAGCGACUGUCAACGCCAGAGUGGAAAGUGGAUUGGGAGAAUCAAUAGCAUCCGAUUUAAACACUACAACUGAAGCCACAGUAGUAAAUUAUAGUGCAGAUGCCGAAAGACUUGAUGAGACUGAAAACUCCGGAGCGGAAAGUGGAUUGGGGGUUACAGCCAACGCAGGGAUGGAGAGCGGAUUGGAAGCCACAAUAAGCUCUGAAUUAGACACCACCACUGAGCCAAUCGCAACGGACAGUGUUGUUUUAGACGUUACUCAACUUGACCAUUCAACGAUGGAAGUCACUACGAUGCUAGACAACGCUACAAUAAUUGACGAAGCUCCAUCAAGGGAUUUGCCUGCUAAUACAAAAGCUUCAGACGACAGGGUACAAGAUGCACAUGUAGAUAACUUCGCUGUUUUUAUGAGAAGCGACUCGCCACUGGACUUUGGUCACCCCGAUAGUCUCUAUUCCAGCCUUAAGACUCGAGACUGGCAGGUAGCCCAUGAGCGCCAGAACUUCAACAUUAAUGACCUGAGCACUGAAAUAUUAAACGUUUGCACGGCCGGCAAUGGAACAGCCACCUUAGCGGAUGUAAUGAAAAACAAGGAUCCCAGUAUCAUGUGUUGCUACAUGCUGGCUUCGCUAAUGCUGGCAAACAACGGUAACGUGACUUUGAGUUUUGGAGUUAGCGAUAAUAGUAAGCCCAACGAGACGUCUCAGUUUUGUAUGCAGCUAAAAAGUACGGAGGGUAUGGAAAUCCACCCUGAGGAUGACGUGGGCAACAUGAAUGCAUCCAAGAGCCCAACGGCGCCGGUAAAGACCAAACGAAAGUCAACGGAAACGGCUUCUCCCGAGGUGUUUGCAAAAACUGUGCGUUUGAUACAGCCCAUCCCAAAGAUCAGUCAGUCCUCCGCCGAUGACGACUCGGGGAUAUCUUCGAUGGGCUCUUCAUUGGCAUCAACAUCCCGGUCUAAUUAAUAGUAGUCUUGUGAUCUGUCUUAAAUGUGUUGAAUUGUUAUUUGUGUAGAUUCGUAGCUUCUUCGUCGUCGUUUGUCCAGCUUUUGUGCCUAUUCGAAUUAUCUUAAUAAUAUAUUACUUUCAGGCCCAGCGAGCAAUGCACUUUUCCCAGCAGUACAGCAAGAUCAAGAGGCUGCGCUAGAUUUAUACCUUGCCAGAUAUAUAUUUUAUUUCCCUUAAGUGUGUACAAAUGUAUUUUAAGUUUCUUAGGUUUAACAGAGCUGCAACAAAAAGUAGCUUUUAUUUUAAGAUUUAAUGACGCAAUAUUUGUUUAGAAUAGUCAACCAGUAUUAUCUAAGCUCGAUUUCCUCAAGCAUAUGAAUGAGUUGAUGCCACCUUUAAGUUUUUUCUUUAAUUUUUUCGCCUUACUAUU